AUGGCCAAAUCUUCUCCUCGUAGUGCCGCCCCCAGUCCGACAUCAACAAUGGAACCUUUGGAAGAAACGACAAGAUAUAAUUUGACCGCAGAAGGAAAUUUCGAUCCUGUCAUUCAACACAUCAAUACUUCCGCUGGGAUCCGUCCUAUUGGUCCUCCCUCCAAGUCCAAAAUUCCGCAUGCUGCGAAGCGUGUUGUUGUACCUUCUCCAUUGCAAAUUGGAAGAACGUCUACUAUCCCUGGAUUGAUGGAAUUUCUAACCAAAAACGUUGGCUUUUUCAAAACACCGCCCAAUGCCUUCUCUGAUUAUUUGACAUCGAUGGAUAUUGAAAGCAUACGAGACUUGGCGGAAGCGGUCGAGGAUGAUGAUGUGAUGGCCGGUUCCAUGAGAAUGGUCUUAAGAAAUUCAAGAAAGGCUCGUUCGUCAAAGCCGUUCUUACAAUCGAGACUUUGA